AUGCCGGAUCUCAAUUCUCUCCGUGGGAAUAUGCCUCCGACGGCGCCUUCCCCUCCGAGGGGAGCGCAGUCUUCACCGGUACUGUCGGAAGCACCGCCGCCCACCCGGCAGAUGUCUCCGGCGCAAUCGAUGGCUACAGUCCACGACCUGCCGACUUUCAAAGAGGCUCUGGACGAACUCAAGUUGACCAUGCGCUCUGCCGAAGACCAUGAGCCCCGUCUAGGGCUCUACGCCAUGCCCGCUUUGUGGUCUCUGGAACGGGGCACUCUCCCACCUAACUCGACAGCCACGCCGUACGAAGAUACUGUAGGCUUUUCCUGUCUCAUCUCUGGUUCAACGAUCCGGGCCGAUGUCACCCUCACCUGCAAAUCGGCGCUUGACGACACAAUGACGAGCUCGCGACCUCAGCAGCUCGCAUUGCAGGUACCCGAUCACUCUUGGCUGAGCAUCACGGAGCAUUGUGCGGCCGAUCGACGGCGCGAGGGCAAUGGGUCUGGGACGCUACACGACGACAUCCUCAAGCUUUGGGGGCUGUACCGUUCUGCUUUCCCCGUAUCUGCAUUGUUCCCGGUCAGUGCCAAUCGUGCGGAAGUUCAAUAUGAUGAGACGGUGGACACGUGGAUUCCCGCUGCAUCCGACACGACCAUUGAAGUGGGGAUCGCCUUCAGAAACGCUGCAUCCGGGCAGGCCGAGACAUUCGAAGUACCGACGGACCGGGAUGGAAACCCUCCAAGCGAAUUCGAGCGUACUCGGGAUGUUACACCGGGGGAAGAAGACUCGUCUGAUAAUGAUGAUCAUUAUACAUCACUUGCAGCGACCUCGGCCGAGCUUAGACCUCCCCAGACCCAGUAUCGCUGCUGUCAUGGCGCACAAACGUGUACCGUCCACAAUCUCGAGCUCCUUUCAGUACGCCCCUUACUCAGCGUGGGUGGCACCCAGCCAGACUGGCGAUGUCGGCCGAGCAUCGGUUCUGCAAGGCGAGUAGCGCCAUCCGACUCGAACGCGUACGAACAGGGACAUCCGUUCAUGAGGACUCCGCGUAGAUCGUAUGGUGUAACUAGAAGUGGGGCAGGCCGAGCAGAUUGCGGCGGUACAAAGGAUAUUGCAGCUGGUAGAGGCGGUGCAGCUCGAGAUGAGGUUCGUACGCGUGAGGACUUUGACUUCCUUUCGCGAUCACUCCGUGGACGUGGCAUUCACCUGAAGACUAUGAACGUCUCGAUCACGUUAGGGGUCAGGGGAGUGGGGGACGCUACCUGUAAAGCCACUGUUGAAAGGAGUGUCCCAACACCCGAGGCGGUGCAGCCAUGGGCACCGGAUAUAAGCAGCGAGCCCUACCUCCGGACCCCCUCGAUUGCGUUCUUACCUACCUCCGUCUGCUUCUACAAAUCACUAAUCCACUCAGACUACGUCACAGUAUACAUCACACCACAACCUUACUCUCUCGUACGACGAUCCGAGCCACCAUGUCUACGCCAUCAGAGAAGGGAUCUUACCCUGCGCGCGCCAUCCACCCUCGCCUCGCAACCUGCGCUGAUCAGCGUUGGAGACUACAUCAACCAGUCACUUCCCGAUGAGGAGGAUAGACGCAAGGCAGAUUUUGCGUCGAAGUACGACUCUCGCUUAAUUCCGUCAGGCCAUGAUCACCCAAUCUCCAUUCCCUUUGAGGGCUCCGAGAACUGUGACAUUGACAUCACUGGUGACACGAACACAAAGAUCCCCCUGACGAUGCACCUCAAGCUCAAGUACGGAACGGCUCUCGAACUGAGCGAAUCUGACGGGAAGUACAUGAAAGAUCUGAUCUCGGGGUUUUUGAGAGCCAGUGACGAGGCGGACGAGUCGUCUGUUAAGCUAGAAAUCGAGUUGACCGGAUUGAGCAUCCUCGAUCCACGCAACGCCAGCACACUUGCCCACGACAAGGAGGACGGCAAGACUUACCCUCUUCACCUGACCGUCGCCAGAUCUACCAUCAGGACAGGACCCUCAGGACUUUACCCCGUCCGUGAGAUGAGGAGCAGGUUUUGGCGCGCGAACGACCAGAGUGCUGCAUUGAGGUACUCUGGACACACAGGGGCGCGGCGGGCGUCUCUGACAGAGUGUCGCUAUCUUGAGAUUCCUGCAGACUUUGUGUGGGCAGUUGACUUGGUACUGCGGGAUAUAGAGGAGCCGAUGUACAUGUUCUUCCGACCACCUGCAUCCACUUCGAGGCGUCUCUCUACCCCGACCUACAGCGCUACCCUUCAGACCCUCUGCUCCGAGCGCGGAAGCAACCUGAAACAAGGGUGUCACGCGGCUGAUUUUUUAGGUUUCAGCUUCGCUCUGAGUAGAUACCCAUCACGCUCAUUUCCACCCUUAUAUCUAGUGCAACCUCAUCAGCUUCCUGCUUUGCGCUACAACCAAGUCUCGGCGCUCCCCGCGCUCCACAUCUUCUUAAUCAUCAUGUCUGAGCCACACCCUGACCAGCUCGUCCAUCCCCAUCCACACGGUCAUCAGCUCCUCCACCUCAACCUCUAUCAGCAGCAUCAGUACCCCAAUCAACCCUUCCUCGGCACCGGCGCGUCGGACCAGCUGUAUCAUCCCCAUCCUGAUCCAUCAUGGAUCCCACCAGCAUCAUUCGGAGUUCAUCCGUUACAUACCAUCAUGCAGGGCCAAGAAACCGUCACCUACAAUCUCCCCCUCGGCGGCCCCGUCCCUAUCCCCACAGACCAACUCCUCCUCCAUCCUUCCGGCUACUUUUCGCAUAUCCACCUGCAACAUCUCCGCCCACCCCAUGCUGAAGCGUACAUCGAGGCGCUUCCGUUCCCUCUAUGCGGUACGCCCGAGACGGACCCUACUUCCCUCGGAUCACUCUCUCGCCCGCCUACGCGGAACUCUUUGGCCCAUUCCAGGCAGCACAGCACGGCGACUAGCAUCACCGCCUCGUCCGCGCAUUCCGGAGCGAGUGAGUACCAGCCAGCCCCGUCCAAAUCGAAAUCCAAGGCCGCGCCGAAGAAGAAGGCGAGGAAGCAGGCCGCUGCGUUGGGUCAGGUCAAGUCGUCCGGGCUGGGUCGACCAAGGCGCACAGCAUCGGCCGGUAUCGCCGCUCCCACCCUCCCUCCAUCCAAUCAGGCCUCAGAACCUACGCGCCGAAAAGCAGCACCCGCUCCCGUCCCUCCUCCCGACUCCCCAGUCACACCCGCCCAUUCCUCCUUCUCGGACGACAUCGAUCCUCCACCCGACAUCACGGCCGAGAACGUCAAGUACCCCCUCCUUGCCGCUCCCCUCGGUACCACCUACUCCAUCAACAACUUUGUCAUUCUCAUCCCCGCGCACUACGCUCCCCCGCAUACCGACAUCAAGGCGUCCGAGUACGAGCAGUAUACGUGUCGGUUAUGCCGAAAGACGUAUACCGGCAAGAAUGCACGGAGCGUCGCGAGAAGGCAUUUGCAGGAUAAGCAUAUGGUGAGGCUGGAGCUGCAGGAGCGGAGGAGCCGGUGGGAUCGAAGUAAUGUGUAUGAGCCGCCAAAGGACGAGGUGGAGAGGAAGGAUAGGGAUAGAGCGGCCAAGGCGAUCUGGGCGCGGAAGCACCGUCAAGCCGAGAAGGAGCGCAUCGAAGCCGCUCUGCGCCGAGACCUUUCCCCACCCCCGAAAAAGUCCCGGAAAGGCAGCAAGAAGGGCCGAUCCGCCAAGUCCAUCUCUGCCGCCGGUACUGCUGGCUCCCGCGGCCUCGCAGACCCCGAAGAUGAUUCCAUGUCCGAGAUUAGGGCGUUGUACGGGAUGUCGACCGAGGAGAUCGAGUCGCUCAUCGCGGGUGCGACUGAUUUGCCUGAUCAGGCCGCCGACAUGGGCGAACCAAGCGGUGGUGGAGGAAGAAGGGUACACCGUACGCUCGCCUCCGCCGAGAAUACCCCUACUCGGCCCAUCCUGCCCCAGCAUCCCCCAAAGCAGCUGACCGAGUCGCCCCUCUCGUCUUCGCCCGACCAGGUCGCUCAGGGCGUCCACCAAGAUUGGGUCCCGGACGGAUGGGAUGACCCAUCUCGCUGGUCCGCCCUUCCUCUCCAGCUCGGCGCUGGGGCGGCUCUUGCCCCUGCGGCGCAUAUCGGUCCGCUCCCGUCCGGCGGUCCGCUCGCAGACGCAGACGCAGCUGCAGACGACCGUACUGCCGAGCUCGCCGCGCAGACCCUCCUCAAUAUUCAGUCUACCCCGGUCGCCCCGUCUCCGCGCAAGGGUAUAUCCCGCCCCACUCCCUUCAGGCGGUCCAUGCUCGGCUCGUCCUCCUCUUCCGGCGCACUCGCACCUACCUCCUCCGCCCUCAGUAUGAGCAUGAGCAUGACCGACGCAUUCCCCAGCUGGCCUCAUAUCCUCGAUACACCCAUCUCACUCCGUCCUCGCGGGAAGCGGACCAUUACGGUGCAAGGGCAGGUAUCGAGCUCGUUCCGGCCGGGACUGAGCGAGGAUCGGACGGUCGUUAGAGGGAGGCUGGCAGCCGGGGAGAGGAGCCUGAGCUUCUCGGCGACGCCCGUGCGAGCGGGUAUGGGGCUGGACGAUCCGUUCGUCUUCUCCCCUGCUGGAGUGUGGGGAACGAGCACGAGUAGGGGGAAGGAAAACGCCGAAGAGCAGCUAAGGGGCGGGAAGGGUGGGAAGCGAGGACAGGGGAUGGCCGUGGGGGACCUAGGAAGCUCGCCAGUGCCGAUGAUGAGCAAGAGACCACCGCUUCAUCCUGUUCCUCUUCCCUCGCUCAACGCUGGGACUCCUUCCGACAUUAGAACCGGUACCGGUACGCACACGUACGUCCACCCCACGCCGCAAACUCUCGGUCGGAACGCCCACCACUCGUCCUCUUCCCUCUCGUCCACGCUCAUCGCCCCAUCUACGUCAUUUCAUCAACCUAAUAUAUCGCCCUUGAAGCGCUUGGGGGUGUUUGCGACGCCUACGACGCGGCGAGCUACUGCUGGGAAUGCGCGGUUCGGGGCGUCGGCGUCGGUUUCGUUCUCGAAGACGCCAGGCGGGGGCGGGGCGGGAAUCGGAGCGGGGGCGGAUGAGGAGCGGAGUGGGAAAGGAUGGAUGUUGAGUAGUCCGGCAGGGGAUGGAGUGGCGGCUGAGCUGGGACUUGUGGGGGCGUGGGGAUACGGAAGUACGGAGACGCCCAUGAGGGGGGUGGUUGGGGCGGAGACGCCGGUAAGGGAGAGGGAGAGGGAGCGGCAGCGGGGGUGA